UGAAGUCGAUGAUUUGAUAAUGGUGGUGGACGACGGACGUGGCUGAUGAAUUCUCAUAUUAUGGUUUUCUCUUUAGUUUUUGGGAUAUAAAUAAAGAAAAUGUCUGAUGCGAUUGCGCCUAAGGGUCAGCCUAUUGUAGGUGACCCAGAGAAGAUGGGGUGGCUUUUUAAAUGGACCAAUUACCUGAAGGGUUAUCAACGAAGAUGGUUCGUUCUAUCAAAUGGAUUGUUAUCUUACUACAGGAACCAGGCGGAGAUGGCGCACACAUGCCGAGGCACAAUUUCCCUGCUCGGAGCGUUGAUCCACACAGCGGACUCUUGCACGUUUGUGAUCAGUAAUGGAGGAACGCAGACUUUCCACAUCCGCGCGCACAAUGAAGUGGAGCGCCAGAGCUGGGUGACCUCACUGGAGCUGGCCAAGGCGAAAGCUAUGUUAGUAAGAGCUCAGGAAUCGGACGAGGACGAAGACCAGAUGUCGUCGGGGACGGCGGCGGCGCGCGGGCCCGAGGGCGAAGGCGAGGACGCGCGUGAGCUGGCCGCGCGCUUCCACGAUCUGCGCACCUGCUCCGAGCUCGUGGCGCGCCACGGCGCCGCUCUGCAGAGGUCGCUAGUCGACUUGGAGAUACCGCCCACUGACACCACCAAACAGGUGUCUGAACGAGCUACGCUGUUUAGGAUAUCGUGCAAUGCUAUGAUGAAUGCAUGUUCAGAAUUUAUGAGCGCGGCGGCCGCAUCGAGUGCUCGGAUGAGUCGCGCUCUACAACACGAGAGGGAGCAGAAGAUGAGGCUGCAAGAGAUCGUGGAGCAGCUCGCGCUGCAACACGAUAACCUCGAGAAGACCGUGACCGGCCGCAGCACCCCCUCUCAAGGUGGCACCGGGGCUGGACAAGGCAACGAAACUGAGGAUGAAGACCAUGAGUUCUUUGAUGCCAUGGAGGAAGGAGUGUCCACAUCCAGAGAUGAUAAGACUUCAUUUGUAAUGAAAGUGCCUGUAAAUAGGAAAAAUAAAGUUAAAAAAUCUGGAGAAAGUUCCGAUGAGUCAGAGGGUGAAACUGUGAGAGAAACACAACAGGUUUUAUUCUUGGAAGACAAGGAGCGAGCAGAGGCGGCCAUGGGUGGACCUGAGGCGACCGCUUCUAAGGCGCCUGCUGCCACACAAAUCAAAAUAUGGCCGCACAUAUCGCAAGUGCCGACGCCGGCGGUGGACGGACACCCGCGGCGCGCGCGCGUGCCCGACAAACCCAACUACCCGCUCAGUCUCUGGUCCAUCAUGAAGAACUGCAUAGGCAAGGAGCUAUCGAAAAUCCCGAUCCCAGUGAACUUCAGCGAGCCGCUGUCCAUGCUGCAGCGGCUGGUGGAAGACUACGAGUACUCGUACAUCCUGGACAAGGCCGCGCAGUUCUCCGACCCCGCGCAGCAGCUGGCCCACGUGGCCGCCUUCACCGUGUCCUCGUACGCCACCACCUCCUGCAGAACCAACAAGCCGUUCAACCCGCUGCUGGGCGAGACGUACGAGUGCGACCGCAUGGCCGACCUCGGCUGGCGCGCCAUCUCUGAGCAGGUGUCGCACCACCCGCCGAUGGUGGCGCAGUUCUGCGAGGGCCAGGCGGGCUGGCAGUGCUGGCAGGAGUUCACUAUGACCACCAAGUUCCGGGGCAAGUAUCUGCAGGUCGUGCCGCUGGGCUCCGCCUCCGCCAUGUUCUCCGCCUCCGGCAACAAGUACAUGUGGAGGAAGGUGACGACGACCGUGCACAACAUAAUCGUGGGCAAGUUGUGGGUGGACAACCACGGGGACAUGGACAUCGUGGGAGAAGCGGGCCCGGCGAAGGGCUACGUGGCCCAUCUCAAGUACCAGCCCUACAGCUACUUCAGUAAGGACACGCAGAGGAAGGUCACCGGCAUUAUCAAGGAUCCUGAGGGCGUGCCGCGGUAUGUGCUGCAAGGGUUCUGGGACAGCAAGGUGGAGGUGGCGCCCGUGACGUCGGCGUCGCCCGACAACACCGUCUGCAAGACCGGCAAGUUCUGUCUGGCCUGGGAGCGCGUGCCCGCGCCGUCGGACUCCGACAAAUGGUACCACUUCACGCUGCUGGCGGCGCAGCUGAACGAGCACGAGGCGGGCGUGGCGCCCACGGACUCGCGGCUGCGGCCCGACCAGCGACUCAUGGAGGAGGGGCUCUGGGACGAGGCCAACACGGAGAAGCUGCGCCUCGAGGAGAAGCAGCGCGCCAAGCGGCGUCAGCAGGAGGCGGCGGCGGAGGCAGCGGCGGGCGGGGGGGGGCCGGCGCCCGCCGCGCCCGCGCCCACGUGGUUCAGCCGCGCCGCGGAGCCCGGCGCCCCCAGCCUGCGCCACCUCUACAACCACCGCUACUGGCAGUGCAAGGAGCGCCAGGACUGGAGCGACUGCCCCGACAUCUUCUAGCCGGCUGACGGAAUGUUGUAAAACGCCCGUUCUUAGUCUGCGAGACGCGACCCACGCUCGAGUGGGAAUCGAGGUCCUCGAGUCUUCUUCGGACGAGCUUUCUGACUUAGUUUAAACUUGUUUUAUUUAAGAUGAAAUUUUAUGAAAAAAUGCAAUACUUUCAAUUCAGUUAUUAUAUUUAAUGUCUUGAAGCUUUCUCGAGUAUUCAUCGAGAAAUCAUCUUAAAAUAUACUUGAACCUCGAAUAGACUCGAUGUCUCAAAAUUAAGACUGAAGAACUAGAGCUUUUUACGACACUUCUCAGUGUACAUACUAACUCGUCGUGUGAAUACGUUUCAAUCCUCUGUACUCAUUCCAUGUUAUUUAUUUUGUACGUCAAAAUUGUUUUUAUGCCUCGGUGAAGUUGUAAAUAUUAUUUAUAUAAAAUAAUUGAAUCGUCCCGUCGCGAUCUCCGCGGACCGUCGUGGCCUAAUUUCCAAAUUGCUUUGCGGAAUAUACGAAACGAACCGAACGGUUACGUACAACGAAAUUAUUCUCACUGACUCGCUAACGUACGCUGUAACAUUUUGGAGAAAUUGUGCUUGGGUUUUACUCGAUUCAUGUUUGAAAAAAUCGUAAGUGCUUUUGUAGACUAAUAAAAUAAUGUGUGAGAAAGACACUAUUUGGUCAGUACUAGAGAUGCUGUAACGACUGAGACCGACAGUGUCGCGUGUCCAGCGCACUCGGUCCCACUCCCGCGGGUCAUCGCUGUCUCCAUCUUUUGAAAUGUCAGGUGCUUUAAUAACAGAUUUCAUUUUGUAAAGCUUCGUCACGCUACUAAUCUAGAAAAUGACAAAAUAUUGAAUGUCUAUAGCGGGCAUUAAAAGUAGCUCUUUACGUCCGAAUAGCUAAAUGACAAAAUCGUAAAACUAUCUUUAAUGCCUUAUGGUAGGAGCAAUGUAAGUGUUAAAAAAUAUACAAGUUGAUAUCAAAGUGUAAUCACGUAUUACGGGAGUAUUGUUGUUGUAUUCAGUGGACGGAGAUCGGCGACUGAUUAGCUCUUGAUAACAACUUGUAGCGCUCUAGAAUAUUUUGUAAGAUCUAUUACAAAGUGUACAUUUUCAAGUGGAUGUAAGAUAAUUUGUUAAUAUUUUUAUUAUAAUAAUAGAAUAAUAUUUGAAUACAAAGCCAUAACAUCUGUAUCAUGUUGAUGAUUAUUAUAAAAAUAAAAUAUUAUUGCGCAAUACUUUA